AGAAGAACGGGACAAGAUGCAAAAAGAGUACUCGGACAAGAAAAAUGCCUUCCUCUUUGACUUUGUAUGGGGCAAUGCCACAUGGUGCAUUGAUGCCUCACGAGAUGAUGACUCACUGAGCCGGCUAGUAAAUGAUGAUGACAUUUCUCCAAACUGCAAAGUGAAAAAACUGACGAUCCAGGGCACACCUCAUCUUUGCUUGUUUGCCAUUAAAAACAUCCCAGCAGAGACUGAGAUUACAUACAACUAUGGGGACUCUCAGUGGCCAUGGCGAGCUCUGAUCCAUUUAAAGUGGUUUCAUGGAGGGCACAUCUGCCUCAACCACCCUGGAGGGCAUAUCUCAAGCUUCAAUGUCCAAACGUCAACAAAAGCAAGUUGCAAAGGCGAGAAGCAAAUGGACAAAUGAUGAAGUGGGGGCUGUUGAAAGACACGUCUCAUUUCAUAAAACAUUGCAAUGUGCCAGGUAAAAGGGACUGCAAGUCCUGCCUGAAAGCAGAGGCAGUGGCUCUUAAAGAGCGUGAUUGGGCUGCUAUCAAGUACUACAUCCACAAUAGAAUAAUUGCGCUAAAAAGGAAGAUGAGUAAAUAGAGGUUUAAUUCAUUCAUUGAAGGUUUAAGUUGUUCAACAUUGAAGUUCUGCUGUUAAAUGCUGAGAUGCUUCUGCUUUGAUUUUCAGUGCAUCAUGAUUGUUAAGGAAGUUUUCAGCAUUGUGUUAUUCUAAGGAUGCUUAGUAUAUGUUUUGUUUAGUUUGUUUUUGUUUGAUUUAUUGGUGUACAUUUAUAGAAUGUGCCCUAGGUUCAAUUCAUUCGCAUGUC